AUGUAUCCCAGUCACCCUAGACUAUGGGAAAAUCUAUCGCCGCGAACUUGUUGGCCACUGGCCCUUGUGCACGCUGGCUAUCCGAUUCCCAGCCUACCAUGGUCCAAGACGGUUCCAUCUGUCCAUCCUGGACGGGAUAUCGCCUUCCUGGCUGGGAGAAAUACUGACUUAGCACUAGGGUACCCAAAAGAAGCUGCCAGGGAGAUACACGGCAAAAAAAGGGGCGCUAUCCGGCAAGAAUUCGGACAAUGUGAGGUGGACCUGCAUCUUCCGAAGGCUCUGCUCCAAGCUGAACAAGGUGUACGGUACCGCUGCCAUGCCUUGUUGGGGCGAGGCCCAGAAGGAACUGAGUCUGCCGUCGUGACUGGAGAGGAGUUUCAGAUUCGGAAUAUUCGCUGCCACUGCAUCAUUGGCAUCAACCCUCAUGAAAGACUUGAGAAGCAGGUGGUUGUGGUAUCGUUGCAGUUUAAAGACCCUGGAGCGCAUUUUCUAGACAUGUAUCAGGAGAUGACGAGAGUCGUGGCCGAGGAAGUCGAUAAAACCAUGUCUCAGUCGGUAGAGGCUUUAGACACGCCUGUUGCUCCCAUGGUGACAGUGCGGGCCGAGAAGCUCAAUGCUUUAGCAUUCGCAGAUGGAACUGGCGUGGAGAUGCGUCGCACUCGAAGUUUCUUUACAGAUGAAAUCUAA